AUGGCUAUCCAAGCCAUCGACAAGUCUUCGGUGCACAGGCUGACGAGCGGGCAGGUUGUCAUUGAUCUGCAGUCUGCGGUCAAGGAGCUCGUGGAGAAUGCGCUGGAUGCUGGAGCGACCAAGAUUGAGGUCCGCUUCCGCGACUAUGGUCUCGAGGCUUUCGAGGUGCUGGACAAUGGCAAGGGCAUCGUCAAGGACGACUGGCCUUCUAUCGCGCUCAAGCACCAUACAUCGAAACUCGCCUCAUUCGACGAGCUCGCCUCCGUCUCGACGCUCGGCUUCCGCGGCGAGGCGCUCUCUUCACUGUGCGGCGUCGCGACCCUCUCGAUGAUCACCUCGACUUCGUCCAAACCGCCCAUCGGCACGUCUCUUACCUUCGCCCACUCAGGCGAGUGCGUCGUGGGCGGCAAGGUCGCCCGAGAGCGAGGCACCACGGUCAAGGUCGAGCGCUUGUUCGACACGCUUCCGGUCAGGCGGAAGGAGCUCGUCAAGAACGUCAAACGCGAGUUUGGUAAGGCCAUCGAGCUGAUCAACUCGUACGCCAUCAUCAACACCGGCGUGCGCUUCGACGUGCGCAAUACCGCAAAAGGAAAGACGCAGACGCACCUCCAAACGCCUACGUCCUCGUCGAUCCGCUCGAACUACGCGUCGAUCUUCGCGGCGAAAGAUCUUGCCUCUUUGAUCGACUUUGACCUCACGCUCGAGGUGCCGACGGACAAGAGCAUUCUGAAGCGGAUUGAGGGGGCGAUGGAGGCCACGACAUUGAUCAAGGUCAAAGGCAUGAUCUCGAAGCCUGCGGCACCUCACGGUCGGACGACCAGCAACCGACAGUUCUUCUAUGUCAACGGCCGGCCGUUCUCUCCCUCGAAGAUCGCGAAAACGGUGAACGAGGUCUACAAGUCUUACAACUCGAACCAGUUUCCUAUCGUCGUUGCCGACUUCCAGCUCGCUCCCGACGCCUACGAUGUCAACGUCUCGCCCGACAAGCGCACCAUCUUCCUCCACUCCGAAACGAACCUCAUUCGCGCCCUCAAAGAACAGCUCGCCAAGUUCUUUGAACCUCAGCACGGCACGUUUGCGAUGCAAGCCAUCGGACCUGCGAAGGGCAAGGAGAAGGUGCAGGAGCCCGAGGACGCUGGCGUAGUCGUCAAGGAGGAGGAGGACGACUUGGCGCUCAGUGAGGGUCGACCGCGGAAGAGGCGGAAAGACUCGCAUGCGCCCUCAAGCGACCUGGACCCGCCGCCGCGCGUAGCAACGCCUGUCGAGCGAACCGCGCCGUCAACGUCCUCAGACAGUCGCCGCUCAAUCUCGGUCACUCCCGUUGUCGACCCUUUCCCAACUCUUCCAGGCGAAGAAGUUAUCUUGCCGACGCCUCCGCCCGACUUUGCUCACCCUCCUCCAACCUCAAGCGCCAACGACGCUGGCGCCGACUCCAAUCUGCCGGCAACGCCUGAGCGACAGUCGCCGCCUCUGGCAGAUCCACCACCUGAGUCCUCGACUGCAGCCCUCUUCCUCCCGCCGUCUCCUACUCCUCAUCCGCCCUCCCCAUCGCCAAAUUCGUCGCGCCGUCGAGCCUCACCGUCACCUGCCCCGAGACCGUCUCCCGCUCCUUCCCGCAACCUGAAGCAGCCGACCCUUCCGUUCGCACCCGCUCGGGCUGCGGCUGGUGGCUCGCGAGGGUCGCGAGGGACGCGAAGUACGGGCGUGGGCAAGGUGGAACCGGGUGCGCGGAUGAAGGGGAUGUUGCAGAAGUUCUUGCGAGGCUCGCAGGCACAAGCGCAGGGUGAAGCGAAUGUAGACGCCGACAGCGCUGAUGGUCAGGAGAACGACGAAAGAGAGGAGAAGGAUGAGAUUGAAGACGAUGAGGCGGACGCUGAGAUGGCAGAAGGAGAGGAAGACGGGCAAGACGAGGCACAAAUCGAACGGGACGAGCUCGCAGCCGACGUCCACGAACCGGCGCAAUCAUGCCGCCACGAGGCCGAGCGAAAGGACGAUUCGGGCAAAGUAGACGAUUCGGGCGCAGCGGACGAGGCUGCAGAGGAGCACAUCGAGGACGUCGUCCUCGUCGUCGAGGACAGCUUCAAUGCGGCGUCUCCGCCAGCGACCGCCGUCGACGACGACGACUUUGAGAUUGUUUCGGCAUCGUGUAUCUGCGUGCACGGAUCGCAGGACAGCGACAUCGAGAUUCAGGAGGACACGUCUACUUCAGCUCGACCUCCCAGCGCCGCUGCAGCACAAGUCGCCUUGCACGACAUCCCUUUGCCUUUCGGUGCUGCCCCAGCCGAGGUCGCCGGCACCGUCAUCGCUGCCGAUGCAGACCUCGACGUCGACUUUGACGCACUCGAGGCGCGCUGGACCGCGAGCGAGCCGUUGCGACAAGGGUCUCCUGCCCGCGCCUCGGCUGACGGCGAAAGGGACGACGGCGCUCUCGCUGGCGCAGGCGUCGACGAGCAGGAAGACGUGGCCGAAGCGACCCUCUCUCGCGUGGUCAGCAAGCAGGACUUUGAGGCGAUGGAGGUCGUCGGCCAGUUCAAUCUCGGGUUCAUCAUCGCUCGACGCAAGGUUGUCGCCGAUGCAGUCGACGGGGACGGCGAGCCAGACGUCCACGACGACUUGUUCAUUAUCGACCAGCACGCCUCGGACGAGAAGUACAAUUUCGAGCGACUGCAAGCUGAGACGGUCAUCCAGUCACAACGGCUUCUCGCACCCCGCUCACUCGGCCUGCCCUCUGCCGACGAGAUCACCGCCAUGGAACACCUCGACCUUCUGCGACUGAACGGCUACGAUGUCGCCAUCGACGAGGAUGCGCAGAUUGGCGAGCGCGUCAAGCUCGUCGCGCAGCCCGUCAGCAAAGAAACGGUCUUUGACGUCGGAGACUUCGAGGAGCUCAUUCACCUGAUCGAGUCGCGAGGCGGCGGCGAGGUCGUUCGGCCGUCAAAGGCUCGACGCAUGUUUGCCAGUCGGGCGUGUCGGAAGAGCGUGAUGAUCGGCAAGGCGCUCAGUGCGAGCCAGAUGACCUCGAUCAUCCGGCAUAUGGGCGGGAUGGAUCAGCCUUGGGCUUGUCCUCACGGUCGGCCGACAAUGCGCUGGCUCGCAAGUCUGAACGCCGCAGCAUCACCUCGCGAUCCUCGCAGCGACCUCGCCCAGCUUGUCGCUGCGUAUGAAUAG